UAACAAGUUUAACACAAACACUGUAUCAUGUUCUUUAUUUCAAAUAAAUCUAUAAAUAUUUAGUCUGAUCUCCAUUUUUCAGAAAAUGUAGCUGUCUUAAGUGCCUAUUCCAUCAAUGAGUAUCACUGUCUUUAAAUUGCUGUUGCAGUACAGUUUAAAUAGCAAAAGUUUUAUGGCCCUGCUUGUUUGCAACUCCUCAAUUCAUUUUUGUACAGCGAGAAAAGUAAGGGAAUUCUAGAGGUUUACUAGAAUUAUGGAUUGUUUUUCUUGAGUUACACAGUACAUAAGGAGGAAUUAGUGUGUACACAACUCCUCAUUUUAUUCCUGUUUAUGAUUUAUAUAUGUAACAUAGAUGUGUACAAGACUUUCGGUACUUUAGAAACAUGACAUAAAAGAGCUCACUUUGAUAAAUUUUCUCAAAAAAGAUAUCUUUACUGUUAAAGUAAGAACUUUUGCUGCAUAGUAAGUAAUGUCUUCUGCUCAUCUUUAUGACAUCAUGGAAUGAUGUCAACUUCCCAAGACACAUUUCCACAUGGCGCAGCUCAUUUAUAUAUAUUGCUGAUGGAUUGUUUAGAAUGGGACAGUUUUAAUUGGACAAAAUGUUUUAAUCGCCAUUUUACAGAGUGCCAGCCAGUCAUUGCUGUUCUUUGCAUUGCUGAGGAGGACAGUCCUGCCAACAUAACAGUUUGUUCAAUAACAGGAGACAAACAGAAACACAGAGGUGCUAUACAUUCCGAUGGAAAAGACAACAAAAGCAUCUUCCAUCAUUUUGGCGUGGCUCAGAUCAAGAGGAGAAUUUUAAGAAAGGUGAUAGUUGGGCACACACAAGAAGACAUAGAUCACAGGUGUCCAGGCAUAUGAGUAGACAGGAGUUUCACACUCUGCUAAACUUACUUCAUCAGAGGAGCAGAAAGCUUCUCAAGAUCCCGCACUGCACACUAAGAAAUAGUCUUUGACUACAACAAAGGGAUGAAAGUACAGAGAGGUCCAAUUGAAAUCAAUUCUGUGCUGCGUCAUUUCUUCAUUCUGGAAGUUGAUGGACAUGAUUUAUCAUGGCAUCAAGUGUGCAGUUUGUCGACUAUCAGCAGUCUUGUUCACCAGCUGUGCAACUUGAGCUGGUAGCUUUAUUGCUUGAAGCCACUGCAUAAGAGGGGGAAGGUGCAGGCUCAUCAAAAAGUCUCAAAAGUUGAAACUAGGAAAAGAAGUUUAUCAAGAGUGUGAAUCUAUUUGCUUUGAAAACAAUCGUUACAAUGAUUUGGUUUCCUUUGAAACUUGAUACAUACUAUGUGUACGUUGAAUGAAUUGAGAUGCUGAAAUAAAGAACCACUAUUCAAAUAUCAGGAAACUGCAUUUUUCAUACUAAAGGGUAAAUGAUGUUGCCAUUUCCUGUAGGUAUUUAAAUAAGAUAUGUUUCCACAAUUAAUAUUUUUAGGGAAUUUUUCUCAACCUAAUGAAUGAGAUUAAAUUGUUCAACGUUAUAUGAGCUUAAUAUGUGUUUUCUGUUUCUUUAAAAUUUGUGAAAAAUUGUCAGAAGAUAAUUAGACCAGUAUCCAUUACUGCAAUUUUACAAUCAAAUAUACAGGGACAAGCCCACUGGGAAUAUAAUAUAAUUAAAUCCUGUUUAGGGGCAUGAGGCAAACAGAGUUACUUUCAAACGUUAAAGCUGCACUCUCACAUUUUGGACAUUUUGACAACUUCUCUCAUUUUAUGUCUUGGAUUGGAACCAUCCAAUUUUUGCGAAAAAUUAAAUUGCAGAUUUUUCUAUUUAAUAUACGGGUAUAUGCAAAAAGCUACAGAAACAUGCUCAGUCGCAAAAAGUUUAAACAUAAACCCAGUUUAGUGGCAAUGGGCAACGCCAAAGACAUAGAACACAAAUUCACAGACAAGAAACAUGGAACAGCACACAACUCUACAAACAGCACAGUGCAUAAAUACUAUAUAUAUAUAUAUAUAUAUAUAAAUUAUUGGUAUGUUUAUCAAGAAAACAUUGAUAUUUUAUGCACUUUUCUUAAACCGUUAGUAACAUUAAUUUUCGAACGGAAAUAUGAAAUCUGCGAUCUGAUCUUUUGUCAGCAAUCUUUUAUCAUUAUCAUAAGUUUGCAGAUAAUUACGCAAACAAUUUCUCAUUCCAAGACAAAAAAAAGUUGUGAAAACGGUAUAUCUGUGAGAGUGCAGCUCUAAAUGUUUAAUUGCUUGAUUUUACUACUGUAUUAGAAAUUACAGGGGGUGGGGCAUAUUUUUAGUGUUUUUAUUGCUUUUUAUGAUUCAUACAGUCUUACUUCAUUCCUCAGGGCACAACUUACAAAUAGACAAAACUGGAAAAUGGUCAUAUCAAAAGGUCAAAGAUAAUGCAAGUUGAACAAUCAUAUUGUUCAUGGCUUGUAUUUUUGGUAUACUAGUAUUUUAUUGCAUAUGCAAUAGAAAAGUUGAAAGUUAAAUUCAUAGUUGAAAUGAUGGCUUUGGAUGGUAUUGUCAGAUGAGAAACGGCACUAGUAAGAAAUAGGUAUAAUGAUACUUUAUACUUUAUUUAUUUUAAUCAAUUUUAGAUAUUGUAUGAAAAUUAUUAUAUUAUUUAGUACAUGAGACCUUUUAAACAGUUAAUGACAAUAUAACAAUGUGUAUAUGAAGCUUUAGAUCAACACUUAAAGCUGCACUCUUACAGAUUGUCAGUUUAGACACAAAAUUGUCUCAAAAUCUGCUGAUUUGGUUAUCAUUCCUUUAAUUCAGUCAUAUUAGAUAAUUCACAAUAGAACCAAUCAAAAAUGUUUGGUAAAACUGCCGAAAAUUUACAUUAAAUUGUUCGUAAUGCUUUUAGCCAUAAAACAUUUUUUUUUUUAACAUAAAUAUGAUAAACUGCAAUCUUAUCUUUUUUCAGCAGUCUUAUAUCACUUAAAAUUGGGUCUAGACAUUUCUGCAAAAAAUAGUCCAUUUAUAGACAAACAAUAAAAGGGUACAGGUAGUCAAAACGAUCAAUCGGUGAGAUUGCAGCUUUAAAUACACCUUUUAAGACCGCUGUAAAAUUCCAAUGGUUUGCCUUAAUCUUUAAAGCUAGCAUGUGUUUAAUUGACAACCAUACUUAUUGUUUAAAAGUGUCAUGAUAUUUUUGUACAAUGUUUUUAUAUAAUUCAUUAAAGAAGU